AUUGGAUACAGGUGUUGUUUACAGUAUCAAUAAUAAAGCUAGAAAAUGACAUGUAGUAGCCUAGGCUGGAAUUAAUUAAGUCAACCUCGCCAGUGAGCUUAUCUUCGAGGUCAGCACUCAUACAAUGAUUAGCUAACUUCGGAUGUUUACAGAGGGGUGAAAGAGCACUUGUAAAUUUGUCCGAUGAACUCAAACUGGUGAAAGAGACUGGGUAUAUUCAACUGAAAUUGGAAAUACUUGCAUUAUCUGGUAAUUACCUAAUUACUUAAUUUUUUCUCCACUUUGAAUUGUCAUAAUUGAAUAUAUUGAACUUUGGAAUGUUGGCAGUGGUUUCGUGCGUAAAUGUAAUUUAGCCAACCUGUCAAAACAUUUGAGGUGGGUAUAUAGACUGUGUAGAUAGUAUACAUACUGUAGGCCUAGCGUUGUUUGAUAACUAUUUGUAAAUAGCAUAUUACUCUAAAUCAUUUUACUUUCUCAACUUCAGUAAUGGACCCAUUUGACGCCACCUCUCCGCGCAAGGUUCUGGAGCGAGUCUCUACUCUGCUGGGAUGCAGCCCGACAUCGAAUGAAGUAGCCACAUAUCUAGACAAUCACGACGAACUAAAACACCUACGUGAACAGUUUCUAUUACCCAAAGUUGCAGAACUCCCUCCUUGUAAGUGAAAUGGCAAGCAGGCUUUUUAUGCUUUUUAAUGUUAUGCAGGCUUUUUAUGCACUGGCUAGUUGCUUCUCCAUCUCCCCAUAGCAGUCUGUGGAGUGUCAUCAUGUUAUUAUCUAAUGUGCCGGAAAACCUCUGGCACUUACUAACUUGUGGUCAGAGUUUUUCUGGGUACAAUGAGCCUUGCUUGUCCCACGUUAGUUGAAAGAAUGGGCUGCUGUAUAGUCACUAUGGGGAGCUCUUUCUAGAGCACCCAGUUAAAUUGUGCAUAAGAGCAUUUUUUUAAUCUUUAAAUGUUUAAACUAGUGAGAAAUAUGCUGUAUGUGAUUAUUGAAAGCAUCUGUGUGUUUGCUUAAUUUACUAUCAUCCCAAAUUAAGAUGUUUAAUUAUUUUGCCAUAUCUAAUUAAUGUAUAGUACGCUACUUUCCAUGAUGUGGAAAGCUACAUUACACAAGCUGACGUUUUGACCACAUCGAAUUGGAGGGAAUUCCACAUGCUUUUUACCUCAGAUAGGUGAUGUUAGUAUAACAGUUUAUAGUCAACAUGAUGACACAAAAUCAAUUGCUUAAAACAUAUCAAUAUCUUUAGUUUUGUACUGUUGAUUUUGUCAUAGGCACUGGGGGUCGCCGGACUAAGGACGCAGCUAUCAUUUCUUUUUCUCAAAUUGCACGGAUAAUUCGGGGAGGUCUCAAUAUGGGGCGGUCUCAGUAUAAAUCGCUGGCCACACACCUAUACACUGAUUUGACAGUCAAACUAUCACGUAAAUAACAGCAAACCGUUGUCACUGUUGAUAUCCUAUGGCGGGUCAUGAUUUGUUUCCUUUUCCGUGAUGGCAGCCUCCCGAAAUCAACAUCCGCCAUUCCAAAACAUAGACAUAAGCCUUCUACAAGUUAUCUAACCAACUAUGUAUAGGUUAUUAAAGUUUCCGUGUGGCCUAUGAGUCGUGUUAGUUUAAACAGUGCUACACCCCAAAUGUUUGCCAGCUGUUCUAUUGAUUUCAGUGUUGCAUUACACUUACCACGUUGGCAACCCACUUGAAACAAAAUGCAACACUUCAAAAUGUAGCUAGCUGUUUUCUACAAAUUGUCCUCUAACCAGUGAUGUACACAUUAUUCCCAUAUUCCGUGUGGUUUUUUUAGCUGUGUUAGUUUUAACAGGACAUGCAAGCUCAUCUACCCCCUCUCGCGCAAAUAAUUUAAACGUGAUAAUCGAUAGGAGUGAUUGACAAAACAGUGUUGCGGUUUCUCUUUCUGUUUUGGUGACCCCUGUAUCAAAAUUCAACAUUCCAAAAUGUAGCUGACUGUACUGCAGGUUGUCCUCUAAGCAGUGAUGUAAAAAUAUUUAUAGUUUCCAUGGGUUUUUGAGUUGUGGUAGUUUCAACACUGGCCCACUCUUCCAUGCCGAUUUGCUUUGACUCAGCAACAUUUGUGGGUUUUCAAGCAUGAUCUGCUCGUUUCAAGUCCUACCACAACAUCUCAAUUGGGAUUAGGUCUGGACUUUGACUAGGUCAUUCCAAAACUUCAAAUGUGUUGCUUUUUAGCCAUUUUCAUGCAGACUUGAUUGUGUGUUUUGGUUCAUUGUCUUGCUGCAUGACCCAGCACUGUGGAAUGCAGUGUUUCGGUUUUCGCCAGGCAUAAUGGGACCCAUGUCGUCCAAAAAGUUAUACUUUUGACUCAUCUGUCCAUAGAACAUUCUUCCAAGAGUCUUGAUGAUCAUCGAGGUGCUUCCAGGUGCUUUUUGGCAAACUUGAGUCAACUUUUUGGACAAGAUGGUACCCAUGGACACUUACAGAGUGAAAUUGAGUCUUAAAAUGUAGUAUAAAGAGUACAAUUGAGUGUUGAGAAAUAUUUUAUUAAGUUAUUAAAAGUGACAUUUAUGUACCCUGAUCAACUGCCAUGUUUUCAACCUGUCAGGCCAAGGAGUUAUUGAGUGUAAGGGGCCCAAUUACUUUUUCACACAGGGGAAUUGGGUGUUGCAUAACUUUGUUAAUUAAAUAAAUAAAAUAAGUAUAUAUUUUUUGUUAUUUGUAAACUCAGGUUCCCUUUAUCUUUAUAUUAGAUUUUGGUGGAAGAUCUGAUAACAUUCAGUAUCAAAAAUAUGCAAAAAUAGAGACAAUCAAAAAGGGGGCAAAUACUUUUUCACAGCACUGUAUGUGUAGAUAGAUAGUACAUUAUAUGCUUAGGUUUUCAAUAUAUCACAAACUGUUUCUGCAUAUUGGUUAUUGAUUUGGACACUUUUGACAUUGGGCUAUUUAUCAAUGUCUUGUCAACAAGAAGCAGCGACAGCAUCAUUUUCAACUUAAGUUUUAGGAAUAUAAAUGGAACUUUCAACAUUAAUUUCCAAUGGUAUUGUACUUAAUCAGGUGAAUGAGUCCAAAAACGUGCUGUGAUUUGAUUUAUUUUGAUGAGACUGUGUACCAGAAAUCACCAAAAUGGUUUUGCCCUGCCUAUAGGUCUACAAGAUCCUACAUAUAGUGAGGAAAUUACCUGCUUGGUCAGAUAUAAUGUGGUCGGAAAAUAUUGCAGCUGGGAUAUGUAUUAUAGCUGGAAGAGAGUGAUUCUCACAACAUAUGGGUUGAGCUGAAAAAAGGAAAUGUUAGAAUAAUGUGACUAAGCACUUUCAUUUAGCUAAGUGUUUGAAAGUUGAAUCAUUUUAAUGACAUAUUCUUCAACUGUAAAACAAAGCAUCUUUCUGGGGCCAAGAAGUAUGCCAUGAUUUGAACAAUGCAGGGAAGCUUCUUAGUAAAAAUGUGUGGAUUGAUUAUGCUAAUGCUCUGUUAAUGUUACCCUAGCUGACCUUACGCUUGUGGAUGGCACCAAGCAAUGCAUUUACUUUGUGGGGAACUCACUUGGCCUCCAGCCCAAAAUGGCCAAGAAGUACAUCGACGAGGAGUUGGAUAAAUGGGCUAAAACGUAAGUUGUUCCCCCAACGUUUCCCUCAAUGUCCGCUUUAUGACACUGAAUCAGCUCAGCUAAUGUUUUAGUGAACUAUUUAAAGUACAGUAAUGGUGUGGAUGAAAUGUCCCCCAUGAACCUUUCUCUUUGAAAAUAAUUGUCCUAACUUUUAUCUGUGGAAUUUGUAUCCUAUCCAUGUAGCUGUGAGCAUUGUUAAUGUUUCUCUGUGUUCUGAUUUACAGGGGGGUUCAUGGCCAUGUACAAGGCUCUCGACCUUGGGCCUGGGCAGAAAACAAUAUAGAGGAACUCAUGGCUAAUGUGGUUGGUAAGUUCAUACAAUAACACAUGUUCAAUGUAUUAUCAUAUACAAUGCGUUACCAUUGGACAUUCUAUGUUAAGUUGUAUGAACAUAACAGUUAACAUGAGCUAGGGCUGAGAUGGGGCUAUUUAACGAUGCAUGUUGGCACCUUUACAGGCUUUUUGCACUGAUAUGCAAACAAAGGGAUCCAAUGCACGGUCAUCAUGGUUCCCUAUAUCACACAACACAGUUAAAAGCCUGUAAUUUUCAGCUUUCAUAACAUCCAUGAUUCAAUUGUCAGGUAAUUCUGAUAGCUUAUUAUCGUUCUGUCCGGCUGUUGAUAAUUUAUGACAGAGAGACCUCCUAUCUGUGACUGGUUUUAAAAGGUAAUUGCACCCUGGCAUUGUGCCAUCUUUUGCAGAGAGCAAAGUACAACCAAACCAAACAACUGAAGGCCAUUAUGCUUCUCAGACGUAUUUUUGUGUGGAAAAUGUAGUGUGGAAAAUGUAGUGUGGAAAAUGUAGUGUGGAAAUGUAGUGUGGAAAAUGUAGGUUAUGAUAGCUUAAAUGCUAUUAGUUAAAAAUGUGUUCUAAAGUUACAGUGCAUUCGAAAAGUAUUCUGACCCCUUUACUUUUUCCACAUUUUGUUACAUUACAGCCUUAUUCUAAAAUUGAUUACAUUUUUUUUUUCAUCAUCAAAACAGGUUUUUAGAAAUGUUUGCACAUUUAUAAAAAAUAAAACAGAUACCUUAUUUACAUAAGUAUUCAGACCUUUUGCUAUGAGACUCAAAAUUGAGUUCCGGUGCAUCCUGUUUCCAUUGAUCAACCUUGAGAUGUUUCUACAACUUGGAGUCCACCGGUGGUAAAUUCAAUUGAUUGGACAUGAUUUGGAAAGGUACACACCUGUCUAUAUAAGGUCCCACAGUUGACAGUGCAUGUCAGAGCAAAAACCAAGCCAUGAGGUUGAAGGAAUUGUCCGUAGAGCUCCGAGACAGGAUUGUGUCGAGGCACAGAUCUGGGGAAGGGUAGCAAAACAUUUCUGCAGCAUUGAAGGUCCCCAAGAACACAGUGGCCUCCAUCAUUCUUAAAUGGAAGAAGUUUGGAACCAUCAAGACUCUUCCUAGAGCUGGCCGCCCGGCCAAACUGAGCAAUCGGGGGAGAAGGGCCUUGGUCAGGGAGGUUACCAAGAGGUUACCAAGAACCCGAUGGACACUCUGACAGAGCUCCAGAGUUACUCUGUGGAGAUGGGAGAAUCUUCCAGAAGGACAACCAUCUCUGCAGCACUCCACCAAUCAGGCCGUUAUGGUAGAGUGGCCAGACGGAAGCCACUCCUCAAUAAAAGGCACGACAGCCCACUUGGAGUUUGCACCUAAAGGACUCAGACCAAGAUUCUCUGGUCUGAUGAAACCAAGAUUGAACUCUUUGGCCUGAAUGCCAAGCGUCACGUCUGGAGGAAACCUGGCACCAUCCCUACGGUGAAGCAUGGUGGUGGCAGCAUCAUGCUGUGGGGAUGUUUUUCAGCGGCAGGGACUGGGAAGACUAGUCAGGAUCGAGGGAAAGAUGAAUGGAGCAAAGUACAGAGAGAUCCAUGAUGAAAACCUGCUCCAGAGUGCUCAGGACCUCAGACUGGGGCAAAAGUUCACCUUCCAACAGGACAAUGACCCUAAGCACAUAGCCAAGACAACACAGUUGUGGCUUCUGGACAAGUCUCUGAAUGUCCUUGAGUGGCCCCAGCCAGAGCCCGGACUUGAACCCGAUCGAACAUCUCUGGAGAGACCUGAAAAUAGCUGUGCAGCAACACUCCCCAUCCAACCUGACAGAGCUUGAGAGGAUCUGCAGAGAAGAAUGGGAGAAACUCCCCAAAUACAGGUGUGCCAAGCUUGUAGCGUCAUACCCAAGAAGUCUCGAGGCUGUAAUCGCUGCCAAAGGUGCUUCAACACUGAGUAAAGGGUCUGAAUACUUAUAUAUUUCAGUUUUUUAUUUUAAUACAUUAGCAAACAUUUCUAAAAACCUGUUUUUGCAUUGUCAUUAUGGGGUAUUGUAUGUAGAUUGAUGAGAAAAAAAGUAAAAAAUAUUUAAUCCAUUAUACAAUAAGGCUGUAAUGUAACGAAUGCACUAUAUAUCCGAGCAAUGGGAAUUAAAUCACCUGUGUGUGUUUGCGUGUUUGCGAACAGGAGCUAAAGCUGAGGAGGUUGCCUUGAUGAAUGGGUUAACAGUGAAUCUGCAUCUUCUGCUGGUAAGAUAGCGUAUAACUUUUAUAUAAAUAUCCAACGUAAACAUACACUAUACGUUAUAUACCAAGACUUUACUUUAACAACAUGUAAUAUAUUUGAUUUACAGCUGUCUUUUUACAAACCUACAGCAAAACGUCACAAAAUCCUUCUUGAGGACAAGGCUUUCCCCUCAGACCAUGUGAGUUAUUCCAAUGACACAGAGCUUGUUUUAAACCUACAGGGUGUUGGUGUAAUGACUGCAGGUUGUUGUGGAAAUUACCACUAGACCCACCUGAAGUCAAUUUUAAAUGAAUCAUUGUUUAUUAACAGUAAGCUGGAGAGCUCACAGUCAAACUUAGAUGCAUAAAGUAUCGGUCUGAAAUGAGCUCCACCGUGGCAGUCCGGUUAGUUCUCUUUAUAUACUUCUUACACAGACAAGUUAUAUUUGCAUGAUUUAGCUUAUUAGAACAGUCUAUGACUUGGGUGACUGGAGUCUGUGACAAUUUCUUGGGCCUUCCUCUGACACGCCUAGUAUAUAAGUCCUGGAUGGCAGGAAGCUUGACCCCAGUGAUGUACUGGGCUGUACACACUACCCUCUGUAGCGCCUUACGGUCGGAUGCUGAGCAGUUGCCAUACCAGGCGGUGAUGCAACCGGUCAGGAUGCUCUCGAUGGUGCAGCUGUAUAACUUUUUGAGGAUCUGGGGACCCAUGCCAAAUCUUUUCAGUCUCCUGAGGGGGAAAAGGCAUUGUCGUGCCCUCUUCACUACUUUCUUGGUGUGUUUGGACCAUGAUAGUUUGUUGGUGAUGUGGACACGAAGGAACUUGAAACUCGACCUGCUCCACUACAGCCCUGUCGAUGUGAAUGGGGGCGUGUUCGGCCCUCCUUUUCCUGUAGUCCACGAUCACCUCCUUUGUCUUGCUCACGUUGAGGUAGAGGUUGUUAUCUUGGCACCACACAGCCAGGUCUCUGACCUCCUCCCUAUAGGCAGUCUCAUCGUUGUCGGUGAUCAGGCCUCCCACGUUGUGUCGUCAGCAAACUUAAUGAUGGUGUUGGAGUCGUGCUUGGCAACGCAAUCGUGGGUGAACAGGGAGUACAGGAGGGGACUAAGCACGCUCCCCUGAGGGGCCCCCGUGUUGAGGAUCAGCGUGGCAGAUGAGUUGUUGUCUACCCUUACCACCUGGGGGCGGCCCAUUAGGAAGUCCAGGAUCCAGUUGCAGAGGGAGGCGUUUAGUCCCAGGGUCCUUAGCUUAGUGAUGAGCUUUGUGGGCACUAUGGUGUAGUUAUUUAGGCAGGUUACCAUCGCUUUCUUGGGCACAGGGACUAUGAUGGUCUGCUUGAAACAUGUAGGUAUUACAGACUCAGUCAGGGAGAGGUUAAAAAUGCCAGUGAAGACACUUGCCAGUUAGUCCUUGCAUGCUCUGAGUACACGUCCUGGUAAUCCGUCUGGCCCCACGGCCUUGUGAAAGUUACCUGUUUAAAGGUCUUGCUCACAUCGGCUACAGAGAUCGUGAUCACACCGUCGUCCGGAACAGCUGGUGCUCUCAUGCAUGCUUCUGUGUUGCUUGCCUCAAAGCAAGCAUAAAAGGCAUUUAGCCCGUCUGGUAGGUUCACGUCACUGGGCAGCUCGCGGCUGUGCUUCCCUUUGUAAUCCGUAAUAGUUUGCAAGCCCUGCCACAUUCGACGAGCAUCAGAGCUGGUGUAGGAUUCAAUCUUAGUCCAGUAUUGACUCUUUGCCUGUUUGAUGGUACGUCUGAGGGCAUAGCAGGAUUUCUUAUAAGCGUCCAGAUUAGUGUCCCACUCCUUGCAAGUGGCAGCUCUACCCUUUAGCUCAGUGUGGAUGUUGCCUGUAAUCCAUGGCUUCUGGUUGGGUUAUGUACGUACGGUCACUGUGGGGAUGUCAUCAAUGCACUUCUUGAUGAAGCAAGUGACCGAUGUGGCGUACUCCUCAAUGCCAUCUGAAGAAUCCCGGAACAUAUUCCAGUCUGUGCUAGCAAAACAGUCCUGUAGCUUAGCAUCUGCAUCAUCUGACCACUUCUGUAUUGAGCGAGUCACUGGUACUUCUUGCUUCCUGGUCAGAUUUUCCAAAUGGAGUGUGAGGGAGAGCUUUGUAUGCGUCUCUGUGUCUGGAGUAAAGGUUGUCUAGAGUUUAUUUUUCCUCUGGUUGCACAUUUAACAUGCUGGUAGAACUUAGGUAAAACUGAUUAAUGUUUCCCUGCAUUAAAGUCACCGGCCACUAAAAGCGCCGCCACUGGAUGAGCAUUUUCUUGUUUGCUUAUGGCCUUACACAGUUGAGUGCGGUCUUAGUGCCAGCAUCAGUUUGUGGUGAUAAAUAGACAGCUACGAAAAAUAUAGAUGAAAACUGUCUUGGUAAAUAGUGUGGUCUACAGUUUAUCAUGAGAUACUCUACCUCAGGUGAGCAAAAUCUCGAGACUUCCUGAAUAUUAGAUUUCGUGCACCAGCUGUUAUUUACAAAUAUACACAGACCGCCACCCCUUGUCUUACCGGAGGCAGCUGUUCUAUCUUGCCGAUGCACCGAAAACCCUGCCAGCUGUAUGUUAUCCAUGUCGUCGUUCAGCCACGAUUCGGUGAAACAUAAGAUAUUACAGUUUUUUAUAUCCUGUUGGUAGGAUAUUCUUGAUCGGAGCUCAUCUGUUUUAUUAUCCAAUGAUUGUACGUUGGCUAAUAGGACUGAUGGUAGAGGCAGAUUACCCACUCGCCAUCGGAACCUUACAAGGCACCCCGACCUACGUCCCCGAUUAUCGCCGUCUCUUCUUCAUGCAAAUGAUGGGGAUUUGGGCCUUGUCGCGUGUCUGAAGUAAAUCCUUCGCGUCCGACUCGUUAAAGAAAAUAUCUUCGUCCAGUACGAGGUGAGUAAUUGCUGUCCUGAUAUCCUGAAGCUCCUUUCGGUCAUAAGAGACGGUGGCAGAAACAUUAUGUACAAAAUAAGUUAAAAAUAAUGUGAAAAAACACACACAAUAGCACAAUUGGAUAGGAGCCCGUAAAAUGGCAGUCAUCUCCUCCGGCGCCAUUACCUGAUGAUAUUGCAUUAUUAGAGUGCUAUCUGAAAGCCACUAAUAUUACCGUUCACUUUGUUACUUUCAUUAGUCUCCAUACAUUUCCCUCAACUAGGACUAUUCUUCCCAAUAGGAAGACCUUCUCAAUCACUACUGCUAAUAUGCACAGAUCACUCUCAAACAAUGUUCUGCUUUUACCCCUAUUGUAAGGUUUAAAAACAAACAAAACAAACAUGAGAACUUUCUCCAUACUGGAAGGCAUUGUUUUAAUUUUAGUCUACCCUAACAAUGUUACUCUAUAUAUUUAAUACCAAUUUCUGUUGGAUAUUCACUUUAUGCUUCACACUUAUUACAUUUCUAUUAUUUUGAGGUUCAUAUGUAAUGCGCCAAAAUUAUAAAAUACAUUGGCCAAUUCAGAAGGGAAGAGAUACACUUUGGAGGGAGCUUCCUUUUUUAAGGUAGCUCUCGAGACUAGAAUAUCUUUCUGGGAUCAACUUUCACUAUAACUGGGCUGGCACUGUCUAUCAGUCCCCUAUAGAUGGGGUGCUCUGUCCAUAAUAAGUCUCUACCUAGCAAGUUAAACGGUUGAGUAGGUGAAUACAGAAAAUCAUGUUCAACAUUCAUUGGUUGCAUUGAACAGGGUAUGGGUUUUAUUUCAAAAUGUAUUACCGGGGUGGAGGAAAUCCCAUAAGCGUUUAUAGUUUUAUUGGUUAGGGCUAGGUCAAGUCCCGUACCUUUUACGAAAAGUGGAUAUGCGCAAAUCUUUGUCUGAGACUUUAUUUCCCUAACCCUUUAGACAGUUAUACAAUGCUUUAACCUUAUCGUUAUCAAAUGAUCCAUAAAGGGAGCACCCUGAACUUCUCAAAAUACUUUUUACACCACUUAUGUAUGUCUACAUGUGGGUGUGCAAGUUGUGUGUGUGUAUAUAUAUAUACAGUGGGGAGAACAAGUAUUUGAUACACUGCCGAUUUUGCAGGUUUUCCUACUUACAAAGCAUGUAGAGGUCUGUAAUUUUUAUCAUAGGUACACUUCAACUGUGAGAGACGGAAUCUAAAACAAAAAUCCAGAAAAUCACAUUGUAUGAUUUUUAAGUAAUUCAUUUGCAUUUUAUUGCAUGACAUAAGUAUUUGAUACAUCAGAAAAGCAGAACUUAAUAUUUGGUACAGAAACCUUUGUUUGCAAUUACAGAGAUCAUACGUUUCCUGUAGGUCUUGACCAGGUUUGCACACACUGCAGCAGGGAUUUUGGCCUACUCCUCCAUACAGACCUUCUCCAGAUCCUUCAGGUUUCGGGGCUGUCGCUGGGCAAUACGGACUUUCAGCUCCCUCCAAAGAUUUUCUAUUGGGUUCAGGUCUGGAGACUGGCUAGGCCACUCCAGGACCUUGAGAUGCUUCUUACGGAGCCACUCCUUAGUUGCCCUGGCUGUGUGUUUCGGGUCGUUGUCAUGCUGGAAGACCCAGCCACGACCCAUCUUCAAUGCUCUUACUGAGGGAAGGAGGUUGUUGGCCAAGAUCUCGCGAUACAUGGCCCCAUCCAUCCUCCCCGCUAUACGGUGCAGUCGUCCUGUCCCCUUUGCAGAAAAGCAUCCCCAAGGAAUGAUGUUUCCACCUCCAUGCUUCACUGUUGGGAUGGUGUUCUUGGGGUUGUACUCAUCCUUCUUCUUCCUCCAAAACGGCGAGUGGAGUUUAGACCAAAAAGCUCUAUUUUUGUCUCAUCAGACCACAUGACCUUCUCCCAUUCCUCCUCUGGAUCAUCCAGAUGGUCAUUGGCAAACUUCAGACGGGCCUGGACAUGCGCUGGCUUGAGCAGGGGGACCUUGCGUGCGCUGCAGGAUUUUAAUCCAUGACGGCGUAGUGUGUUACUAAUGGUUUUCUUUGAGACUGUGGUCCCAGCUCUCUUCAGUUCAUUGCCCAGGUCCUGCCGUGUAGUUCUGGGCUGAUCCCUCACCUUCCUCAUGAUCAUUGAUGCCCCACGAGGUGAGAUCUUGCAUGGAGCCCCAGACCGAGGGUGAUUGACCGUCAUCUUGAACUUCUUCCAUUUUCUAAUAAUUGCGCCAACAGUUGUUGCCUUCUCACCAAGCUGCUUGCCUAUUGUCCUGUAGCCCAUCCCAGCCUUGUGCAGGUCUACAAUUUUAUCCCUGAUGUCCUUACACAGCUAUCUGGUCUUGGCCAUUGUGGAGAGGUUGGAGUCUGUUUGAUUGAGUGUGUGGACAGGUGUCUUUUAUACAGGUAAUGAGUUCAAACAGGUGCAGUUAAUACAGGUAAUGAGUGGAGAACAGGAGGGCUUCUUAAAGAAAAACUAACAGGUCUGUGAGAGCUGGAAUUCUUACUGGUUGGUAGGUGAUCAAAUACUUAUGUCAUGCAAUAAAAUGCAAAUUAAUUACUUAAAAAUCAUACAAUGUGAUGUUCUGGAUUUUUGUUUUAGAUUCCGUCUCUCACAGUUGAAGUGUACCUAUGAUAAAAAUUACAGACCUCUACAUGCUUUGUAAGUAGGGAAACCUGCAAAAUCGGCAGUGUAUCAAAUACUUGUUCUCCCCACUGUAUAUAUAUAUUUUUUUUUCUAUUGUUACUUUAUCACAUCUCUAGUAACCCAUUAUACUCUUCUUCACAAAUUCCUCCUUUACACUAGUGUUCUAUUCAUACUCAGUUCACACAGAACUGGUUGGGGUAUUCAUUCAGACACGGAGCUAGUCCCCAGAUAGCUCUCAUUCACUCAGUACUUAAUAGUAAUGUUAUCCAAAUUUCAAUCCUCUUAUUAUCCCAAAUUGUAAUCCUUUGUUGAACUCAGCUUACCAUUUAUUAUCCACAUUUAAAUCAGCUUAACACAUCCUUUCCACACUCACACAACUCUCACAUCCACAUUCACUUAGUACUAUUCCAAAACACUCUCAGUAAUCUCACUUAUUACUCCAUGUGCAUCUUCAACGAUUAUCUUGUCGUUACUUCCUAUGCACCAUAUGUAUCUUCAAUGGUUCUCUUGCCGCUACUUCCUAUACAUAUAAAAUAGCACCUAGUGCACCUUAUGCUAUUCCCAGUGGUUCUCUGCAGACCAUGUAGACACUUCUCAUAAAUGCCUAAAGACAGCUGUCAGCGGGGCUUCUCCAUGGUACUGUUACUUGCCCUCGCUCUAGUUUACUCUCUAAGACUAGCUCUAGCCUUCACAACUCUCAUAUGUAUCUUUAACGGGUCCUCUAUAGUCUCUACAGUCGCCAUAGUAUCUACAGUAUCUAUAGUCUCUACAGUAUCUAUAGUCUCUACAGUAUCUAUACUUUCUACAGUAUCUAUAGUCUCUACAGUAUCUAUAGUCUCUACAGUAUCUAUACUUUCUACAGUAUCUAUAGUAUCUACAGUAUCUAUAGUCUCUACAGUAUCUAUAGUCUCUACAGUAUCUAUACUUUCUACAGUAUCUAUAGUCUCUACAGUAUAUAUAGUCUCUACAGUAUCUAUAGUCUCUACAGUAUCUAUAGUCUCUACAGUAUCUAUAGUAUCUACAGUAUCUAUAGUCUCUACAGUAUCUAUAGUCUCUACAGUAUCUAUACUUUCUACAGUAUCUAUAGUCUUGCGUAUCUAUACUCUGUGUCUAUAGUCUCAGUAGUCUAUGUAGUCAUAAAUUCUAUAGUCUCUAUAGACUCUAUAGUCUUGCCACCAUACAUAUAGAAUAGCAACUCGUACCAUUACUUGAGACUAGUGGUACCCUCCUUCUACAUAUUUAUGUUUAGUUUUAUUGGUUUUAUUAUAAAACAUUUUCUCCACCCGGGCAGUCCCGUUAGUUCUCUUAUAUACUGCUUACACAGACAAGUUAUAUUUGCAUAAUUUAGCUUAUUUAUUAUUCAUAAUUAAUUAAUAAUUAACGUUUGGUUCAUGCAUGUGACCGACCAAUACCUCACAAGGCUUCCUCUCUCCAAGCUGACACCUUGAAACUGAGAUAUCCCUUUCAUUCUCAAAACAAGGUUCUGGGCGUACUGCCAAAUUGCAGAUACUGAUAGUGAGGAUUCCUCCCAGGCACGUUGAGUCAGUGACUUGCAUGAACAAAGAAAUUGGUUAUUAGAAAAGUACAAACAUAAAAUGUUCCAUCACAAGGUCAUUUUGUGUUGAAUGUAAUUUGCCUUCUUCAACUGUAUUUCAACCAUAAUUCAUGUUUUUGCCCUAAAAAGACACCGUUGUAAGUUGUAUAAUACUUGAAAGUGUGCAGAGCCUACUCGUCAUAAUUUACCCUGUUGUAAUAGAAUAGUCCACUGUUGUUAUUCCCACUACAGUUGAUCUGUUGUCUCUGUGUUGGUGGAGGAGAGUGGGUAAAUUGACCAAUUUUCUAACCAUUUUCAUCAUGCGUGAUUUCUUCAGUAUGCUGUGGAAUCUCAGAUCCAGUUGAGAGGAUAUGACGCUAAGCAAAGCAUGCUGCUCAUGAAGCCCAGACCGGUAAAGUAAUCCCUUUUGGGGCAAUAGGACUUAAAUAAUCAAACUUUUAUUUGCACCUUUCAAGGUACCCAAGGACACUUACAGAGUGAAAUUGAGUCUUAAAAUUGAGUAUAAAGAGUAAAGUUGAGUGUUGAGAAAUAGUUUAUUAACAGUUAUUAAAAGUGACAUUUAUGUACCCUGAUCAACUGCCGUGUUUUCUACCUGUCAGGAUGAGGAGGUGCUGAGAACAGAGGACAUUCUGGACACGAUAGAAAAGGAGGGAGAUUCCAUUGCAGUGGUCUUGUUCAGUGGAGUGCAGUACUACACCGGACAGCUCUUUGAUAUGGCCACCAUCACUAAAGCUGGGCAGAAGAAGGUAACCACCCCUCAGUGUUUUUUUAAAGGGGUGGGUCUUUUUGGGAAAUGUUAUUUCAACUUUUGAAUUAAUUCUUAAUUGUCUAUAAACUACUUCUAAACCCUUUACAAAUCCCCUAGGAGCAGGGUUCCACAAAUGUAAUACGUACAUUUUUAAAAAUGUAUUAUUAUUGUUGGACAAGACUUAAGACCAUAAAAAACACCAGCAAAUCAGCUCCAAGUGAUUUUAAUUUUGGAAAUCAUUUCCAAAGUAUUCCCAAGCAUAAUAAGAGAGAUAUAAACUAUAUAUACAAACGUAUGUGGACACCCUUUCAAAUUAGUGGAUUCUGCUAUUUCAGCCACACCUGUUGCUGAAAGGUGUAUAAAAUCGAGCACACAGCCAUGCAAUCUCCAUAGACACAAAUUGGCAGUAAAAUGGCCUUACUGAAGAGCUCAAUGACUUUCAUCGUGGCACCGUCAUGAUGCCACCUUUCCAACAAGUCAGUUCGUCAAAUUUCAGCCCUGCUAGAGCUGUUUUUCAUGGUUUGGGCUAGGCCCCUUAGUUCCAGUAAUGGAAAUCUUAACGCUACAGCAUACAAUGAUAUUCUAGACGAUUCUGUGCUUCCAACUUUGUGGCAACAGUGCCCGACCAAACUAAUGCUCUUGUGGCUAAAUGGAAGCAAUUCUCCGCAGCAUUGUUCCAACCGCUAGUGCAGGGGUACUCAACUCUUACCCUACGAGGUCCGGAGCCUGCUGGUUUUCUGUUCUACCUGAUAAUGAAUUGCACACACCUGGUGUCCCAGGUCUAAAUCCCUGAUUAGAAGGGAAUUAUGAAAAAUGCAGUGGAACUGGCUUUGAGGUCCAGAGUUGAGUUUGAGGGAUCAAGUGGAAAGCCUUCCUAGAAGAGUGGAGGCUGUUAUAGCAGCAAAGGGGGGACCAACGCCAAUGAGAUGUUCGACGAGCAGGUGUCCACAUACUUUUGGUCAUGUAGUGUAUGUGUUCGUAUACCAAUAUAUGCAAGGUUUGAAAUGAUUAUGUUUUAGUCAAAUAUGAUCUCUAUUUGGGCUUUUUUGCGAUCAAUUUGUAGUCUACAAAUUAUUUGUAGUUAUUGAUCCCACGCCUUAGAGGGUACUCCAACAUGAUCUUGAUGGUGUUUUAUGAAGGUUCAAUUUAGACGGUCAAGAGAGUAACACUGCCCUCUGGUGUCCGAACUAUGAUACUGUCACUACAUUGCGACAAAUAAGUGAAAUUGAUGAGUCAUUGUUUAUUAUCAGUGGUUAAAUUGGGCUGGAGCUACCCGGAACCGGGCUCCUGCACCUUGGGUCAAAAAGAGAGACCGACUGAGCCGAGCUCCAGCAAUUUUUAGGUUUUGAAGAGCAAAAUAGGAUAAACCAAGGUUAGGGUUAGGAAUUAACAUAUGGCUAGAGUUGAGGUUAGGGUUGUUGUUGAGGCUAGGGUUGAACUGGGAUGUGGACAUGAAGCUAGGGUUAGGGUUAGGGCUGAACCGGGAUGUGAACAUGAAGCUAGGGUUAGGGUUGUGGUUGAGGCUAGGGAUAGGGUUGAACCGUGAUGUGGACAUGAACCUAGUGUUAGUGUUACAAGCCUGGGAUGUGGACAUGAAGCUAGGGUUAGGGUUGAACAGGGAUGUGGAUAUGAAGCUAGGGUUAGGGUUGAACAGGGAUGUGGAUAUGAAGCUAGGGUUAUGGUUGAGGCUACGGUUAGGGUUGAACUAGUAUGUGGACAUGAAUCUAGGGUUAAGAUGAGGGUUGUGGUUAAGGCUAUGGUUAGGGUUGAACAGGGAUGUGGAUAUGAAGCUAGACUUUGGAUUGUGGAUGAGGGUUAGAGUUGAACCAGGAUGUGAACAUGAAGCUAGGAUUAGGGUUAGAGGGCUCCUCCACCUCUGAAUUCCAAAUUCAACACCUGUUUAUAAUUGAUAAUGGCCAUUGUAACCAUUGUGUAUAGUCAACUUAUUGGAUCAUGCUUCAAUCUACUGUAUAAUGUUAUCAUUAACAAUUGGCUUUUGAGCUAAUGAAGCAUGUUAUUUAAAACAAAAAAAAGCAUUUUGUAAGACACAACAGGUGCGCCAACAGCGCCCUGCCCUCUGUUGUCAAGGAUGUGUAACAAUUUGACAUGGAUGGUUCACAGCAUUUGUCUGAAUUCACCUCAUGGCAAGUGUUUGAUGCCCAUUCCAAUUCACUGCAUGCUGAGAAUGACAUUUGUCAAAUAAACAGCAGUGUGUCGACAAGGAAAUAAAUGAUGACACUCAGGAGAUGUCAAACCAAACGCACGCACACACACACACACACACACACACACACACACAGUGAGCAGCCUUCCCUCUCUGUCACAUUUAGCAGGGAAAUCAAAACAACCAGACUUAAUCAGAGUCCUAAUGAUCCUCAGAAUAAUACCCCCACUAGGACACAUUAAUUAUUUAUUAAGCUGAUCUUAAAUAGACACCCACCCACGCAAACAAACACAGACACACAGACACACAUGCUGAUGAACUGCCUCUGUGUCCUGACUGCACAGCUCCGGCCUGCUGCCCUUAGCAUCUGGCAUGACAGUGCAUUUUUAUUCUUCCCACAGGGCUGCUACGUUGGAUUUGACUGUGCACACGCAGUGGGCAAUGCAGAGCUGAAGCUGCAUGACUGGGGAGUGGACUUUGCCUGCUGGUGCUCCUACAAGGUCAGCAUUGGGGUUCAUGUGGAGACAUCAAGGGCAAAUGAACAGCUAGCGGUGGCUUCACUCUCAGUUUCCUGUCCAACUCCUGCUGACACAGGAAGACAACAAUAUGUGGGGUAGAAAUUGACUUAUUCUAGCUUAAUAUUGCCAACAAAGAUUUUCUUGCAGUUGUUAUCGAUGCCCAUUUCAAGUAUUGUCGAUUAUCAUUGAAUAUUGUAGAAAAAAGGCAGACAAACUAUGCAAUGUGUUGACAGAGUUAUUCAUGUGUAGUAUGUGAAUUCUGGGGCUGGUGGACUGGCUGGAGCUUUUAUCCAUGAGAAGAAUGCACAUACAGUCAAACCUGCGUGAGUAUUACAGUGGAGUACAUCUCAGAUUUGUGUUCUUAUUGCAUGUUGACUAUGUUGUAUCAUUAACUACUUGUUACUUUCUCUCUCAGGCUCAUGGGAUGGUGGGGACAUAACUUGAAAACAAGAUUCCGCAUGGAUAAUGGUAUCAACAUAUUUGUGCUCAUGUUCUCAUUUUAUUCCCUGUACUGGGACACAUUACAGAAUGUUACUUCAAGUUAGCAUAAUGGGUCUCUGAACAGAGAAAUCCAUGAAGCUUGAUUUACACUGACAUCUUGCGGUCAUAUUAGGGUAUUACAGAAAAUAGGUUAUACUGUAUUCAUUUCACCCUUUCAGUCAAGCCAGAACCCAAAUGAAUUAAUCACGAACAUCAUACAUUUUUUCUUACCAUAGACAUGGAUCUACUACCUGGUAUAAGUGGCUAUCGACUAUCAAACCAACCCAUCCUGCUGGUGUGUCCACUGCAAGCUAGUUUAGAGGUGACUGGAAUAAUUUGGGGUUUUCAUAUCUAUUUCAUGCAGCAAAUAUUAGAACAUGUUCAUACUGUAAUUUAAAAUGUCCUCAUCUCUCUAGUCAUGGAGUUUAACAGUGACCUGUAACUGUUGUAAUAACCAGGGUUGGGGUCAACUACUUUUCAAUUCCAGUCAAUCCAGGAAGUACACUGAAAUUCAAAUUCUCUUCAAUGUUUUUCAACUUUUUACUUUCUGAAUUGACUGGAAUUUAAAUGGAAUUGACCCCAGCCCUGGCAAUAACUGAUUAGUUGUCAAUAUUUAUCAAUACUUCCAGGUCUUUGCUAUGACGAGUAUGGCAGCUCUGAGGAAGAAGUCCAGACUUCUGACGGGUUACCUGGAGUGUCUGAUCCAGCACUACUACAACAAGGACGAGGCCCAGCCUCACAAGCCCUACGUCCAUAUCAUCACUCCCUCCCACCCUGAGGAACGAGGCUGCCAACUCUCCCUCUCUUUCUCUGUCCCCAUCGCAGCCGUGUUCCAGGAGCUGGAGAAGAGGGGUGUCGCUGUGAGUGCCUUCAUAUAUACAAUAGUAGUACAGUUUUCUGCGAGUUUCCCAGACCCAUAUUAAGCCUAGUCCUGGACUAAAAAGCAUAGUCUUUUGUAUUAUUAUUUUUUACUUUGACUGAGAUUUUUAGUCCAGAUGUGGGUUUACAUGUAAUCUGGGUAUGGAACACAAGCCCUUAAUAUGUAUGCUGAACAAAAAUAUAAAUGCAACAUGUAAUGGGUUGGUCCCAUGUUUCAUGAGCUGUAAUAAAAGAUCCCAGAAAUGUUCCAUACGUACAAAAAGCUUAUUUAAUAAUAAUAAUAUGCCAUUUAGCAGACGCUUUUAUCCAAAGAGACUUACAGUCAUGCGUGCAUACAUUUUUGUGUAUGGGUGGUCCCGGGGAUCGAACCCACUACCUUGGCGUUACAAGCGCCGUGCUCUACCAGUUGAGCUACAGAGGACCACAGCUAUUUCUCUCAAAUUUUGUGCACAAAUUUGUUGACAUCCCUGUUAGUUAGCAUUUCUCCUUUGCCAAGAUAAUCCAUCCACCUGACAAGUGUGGCAUAUCAAGAAGCUGAUUAAACAGCAUGAUCAUUACACAGGUGCACCUUGUGCUGGGGACAAUAAAAGGCCAGUCUAAAAUGUGCAGUUUUGUCACACAACACCAUGCCACAGAUGUCUCAAGUUUUGAGGGAGCGUGCAAUUGGAAUGCUGACUGUAGGAAUGUCCAACAGAGCUGUUGCCAGAUAAUUGAAUGUUCAUUUCCCUACCAUAAGCCGCCUCCAACGUCGUUUUAGAGAAUUUGGCAGUACAUCCAACCAGUUUCACAACCGCAGACCACGUAAACCACCCCAGCCCAGGACCUCCACAUCCAGCUUCUUCACCUUCAGGAUCAUCAGAGGAGGGGGAGGGAGGGUGCUGAGGAGUAUUUCUGUCUGUAAUAAAGCCCUUUUGUGGGGAAAAUCUAAUUCUGAUUGGCUGGUCCUGGCGUAUGCCCUCCCAGGCCCACCCAUGGGUGCGCCCCUGCUCAUUCAUGUGAAAUCUAUAGAUUAAGGUAUAAUUUAAUUUAUUUGAAUUGACUGAUUUCCUUCUAUGAACUGUAACUCAGUAAAAUCUUUGAAAUUGUUGCAUGUUGCGUUUAUAUUUUUGUUCAGUAUAAAUGUGUUUUACACAUGAUUAUACAUACAUUUUAAUCUAUGUUUUGUAAUUGACUGUUGCUGUUUUUUAAUCUAUUCUCUCCAUGCGAUCUCAGUGUGACAUGAGGGAACCCAACGUUCUGCGCAUUGCUCCGGUGCCGCUCUACAACUCCUUUAGUGACGUACACCGCUUUGUCACUGUUCUAGGAUCAGCUCUGGCUGCCAGCAAAGAACUACAACAAUGAGAGAAACAGUGUGGUAUUGUUACCCCACCUUUCAGAGUAUUUUUGUCAGUGCAGUAUAAAAAUAUCCUAUUUUUAUUGACAAUGUGCUGGAGUCAUUGACAGGUCUUCUGAACUACUGUCCCAAAGAAUUGCAAUAUGUUUUGCUAGGCUACUCAGUAAAACUAAAUUGGUUGGAAUUGUAUCCCUACUCAUAAUUUAGUGAGACAAGUUUGUUACUAUACAAUGACAAAUAAAAGCAAAUAGUCAAUUACUGUGAAUCUCAAUUCAAGAUGAGCUUCUGAAUUUUUUUAUGAUUUUAAUUUAACCUUUAUUUUGAAAGGGAGUCAAUGCUGAGUCCAA